AUGCCCAUCCCAGAGCAUGAGAAGGCGGUUGCCUACUCUUGCGAUCUGCUCUGGGGCGCCAAGAAGGAGAAGGCGGCGGCACUCCGCAGGCAGGGUAUCCUAGACGGCGCGGACUUCCUCGAUAGAGUUGAGAUUGGUGGUAGCCCGAAUCUACCAUGCACAGCCAGCAGCAGCCGCCGCAUGAGCAACGGCAAUGGCAACAACGUCAAUGCAACUGCUGUCAACAGCCGUGUGCCAGACUGGUCCUUCGAGGACAACAUGAGCUACACGUUUGUCGGCCUGGUCGCCAUGAGCCAGACCUAG